AUGGUUGCCACCGCCACCGCUGCCACCACCACGGAUGCUGCUGCUGCUGGCUGUCCUAACCAAGGCUUAAGCUUAAGCCAAGAAGAACUCCACACUGAGUCUAAACAUCUUGAAGGUGGGGGGACGAUUCCAAAGCAGCACGAAAAAUCUACGCGGAGGAUUCAGAUCUGCUCUACAUCUCAACUUUUUGGGCCCAACUACAGAUCCCUAAAACACAGCCGCGUCCUCUCGGCCGGAGAAACGGGGAAGAAGGCGAGAGAGAGAGAAAAAAAAAAUCCAAAUCCAAAUAAUCCAAAAAAGCCAGGAGGCCCCGGGCUCGCGCGAGGCCGGCGGGCGGGGAGAGAGAGAGGCGCGUGGUCCGCGUCCCGGUGCUCGCCCUCAGCGCCCCGCGACCAGCCGCCGCCAAAGCGGCCGCGCCACGGCCGCGGGCCGCCCGCACCCCGUCAUCCUGCGGGGCUGCGGCGGGGCCGGCGUGCGCGGGGAGGGAGGAGCGCGCUCGCUCGCACCUCGCGGCGAGAUGAGCUAAUCCCUUCCUCCUUUACACGCGCCCCGAAAGUGCCGCGCUCCCCGCUCCCGCGCGCGGCCCCAAGUCAAGUCUCUCUCUCUCUCUCAAGUCCCGGAGCGGAGCCCCGAUGUCUGACAGGUCCCGGGAGUCUUAGAGAACAAUGUCGCGCCCGCGGAGCAGAGAAACGAGCGCGCUCGUGCGGCGCGGCGUGGCGGGCGACUCCAGGGAGGCGGCUCUGUCUGUGGGAGAGCGCAACGGAGAGCCUCGGUCACCCUCCUCCUUCCUCCUCCUCCUCCUCCUCCUCCUUCGCCUCCUCCGUCUCCUCCUCCUCCUCCUCCUCCUCCUCCUCCUCUCUCAAGCACACCCCGUCUCCCAGGCCGCAGCAUAGCAACCGAACAUGGCGGCUGCGCAGCCCCCGGCCAAUCAGAGCCCCGGAACGGCGGCCUCGGCAACGGGAGGCGGUCUCGCGAGAGGUGAAGCCACGCCCCCACGCCCCGCCCCUGCCCGCCUCCUCCCCGGUAUCGGAGCGCGGGCGCCUGCCUAGAAGCGCUGGCACUCACAGCACAGAUGGCUCUAGGUUUAAACAUCCUUCGGCGUUUUCCUCGGUGUUCAUCUUACUGCGCAACACUCAGCCCUGUGUGGGUAUUGCUGAUAGAGCCCUUGAUUUGAUCACUGCCAUUACCUAAGGCAAAGCCUUAGGUAGUCAACUCUGCAGCCCUCGGAAGGCCUGUGGACAUUGCCUAGCAGGAAAAACUAAAGGCAGGGAAGGAACAAAACCUUUGACUCACAAGUGAGUAGGGUUUCCAGAAAAUGCCUGAAAUAGAGCCUGGCAAGAUAAGUCAGUCAGUGAACUCCCUGCUGGGCAACCCUGAGGACCUGUGUUCAGAAUUCCCAGAGCACAUGUAAAAGGCCAGGCACCGUGAGCCAUUCGCAGCCGUGCAACCACCAACCCUGGCUCUACCUCAAAACUGUCUCUACCAAUCAUCUCUAACCCCCAGAAGACAUCCCCUGCCUGCUGGUCAUUCUCGAUUUUCCCCCUCCCCAGCCUUUACCAAGUCAUCAUCCAUUUUCUGUCUCUGUGUGUCCGCCUACUCUGGAUAGUUCACAUAAACAGAGUAACCUCCCAACUACAGCCUUCAGAGUGGAAAUCACCUAGAUGGGCCCUUCAACAGUACCAGGACUCACUGUCAUCCCUAGGAAAUUCUAAGUUCAUCUUAAACCUACCUUCCCGCAUCCCUGAAAAAGAAGGAGCAAGUCAUUGUCUAAGAGAGGAAGAGGAGGGAGACGGUUGCUUUACAGGCUGUGUGGCUCAGUCAGUAGGAUGCUUGCUUGAAGUUCGUGAAAACCUAGACUCGAUCCUCAGGACAGUGUAAGACCCCCACAUGAUGAUCCAUGUGUGAAAUUCUAGCACUCAAGAGAUGGAGCCGGGAAGAUCAGAAAUUCAAGGCGGUUCUCACUACACGAUGAGUUUGAGACUAGCCUGGGCUACGCAUAACUCUCUCUUUAAAACACAAAACAAAACAAAACUUUAGACCAUGCCCCAUCUUCAUAUUUGCUCAAUGAAGAAUAAACUGGGAAAUAAGUUCAUGCUUCUCAACUUUUAGUCUGUAUAUCAUAUCACCUGGACAUCUUGUUUAAAAAUGCAGGUUCUAGGCUGGCAAGAUGGCUCAGCAGGUAAGGACACUUGCAACCAAACGUAAUGACCUGAGUCCAAUCCCAGGACCCCACAGGGUGAAAGGAAAGAACUGAUCCCUGAAAGUUGUCAUCUGACAUCCACAGAUUUGCCACAACACAUGCCCAUCACAGCACACGUGUGCACACACAUACACUCACGAUACAUUUUAAAAUCUAAGAAUUAGUUUUAAAAUGCAGAUUUUAAUUCAAUUAAAUUUGGGGUUAGCAAGAGACCCUGAGGCCCUGUAUGGACUUGGCAGACAAGAUGCUCCUGGACCUGUAAGCUCUUGUUGAGAGAAAAACACAUUUCUGCUCUCAUUUAAAUUAUAUUCUUUAA